UGUGGGAAACCUACGGCGUCUGGGGCAAAACUGCUACAGAGGUUGAUUCUUUUAUAAUGAUUUGCUGAACGGGAUUAUUAUUCUGUUUCUUACAACCAAGACGCAAAAGGAGUAACGACCACAAUGCUGCGCGUUUGUUUGAAAGGGGCCAAUGCAGCUGCUCGGAAAUGUUUAUGUGAGAGAGCAGGCCACCCCUUGCAGCACUGUCGUCGCUACACCUCAGCAGGAGACUCAGGGUCAGUUGCAGGCAAAAUCGUUGCUGCCAGUCUACUUACUGUGGGUGGAGGGCUUGGUGGUACAAUUCUGUAUGCCAAAUGGGAUCCCAAAUUUAGGGCGAAUGUCGAGAAGAAUGUGCCCUAUUCUGACCAGCUGUUUGGAAUGACCCUAGGUCCUCCUCCACCCCCGGUAGUGCCUUUGCCAAAGAAACCGGCAAAGGUUGAACCACUGCAGAUCUCUACUCUCUCUGAAGCUUCGAAGGAGUCCAAGCAACCCAAAGUAAAAGAAAAGGUAAAGGCAAAAGAGAAAGAGGCACCUGUCGAACCUGCACCAGUAGCAGAGGAGACCCCAGCUCCACCCCCACAGUCCCUUGAGGAGGCCUCCGCUCAGGCGGCACACAUUAUUUCGGCCAUCAGUGAGGUGGCCUCUGUGCCCGCACCUGGCACACACGAUGCAUCUGCAGCGCCCACGCCCGAGACUCCAGCCCCAGAGCCUCCAGUAGAGGCAGUGGCAGCUGAAGAAUGCAAGGAGUGUGCGCAUGAGUCUGCACCUGCACUGCAAGAGCGUCCUGUGGAAGAGGUGACAGCCCGCCUGGCUGAACAGGACAAGGCUGAGCAAGACACGCUGGCCUCUCUGACGGCCGGUCUGGACGACACUCUUGGGAGUUCAGCUAAACUGACUUUACAGGCCAUUGGUGCACAGGAAGCUGCUCUUGCUGCCAUUGCCACACAUACACAGAAACUGAAGGAGGCCAUGGACUCUGAGUCUCCCCCAGACAGGAAAUCUUCUCAGUGGCGGGUGCUGGAGGAGGCUCUCAGUGAGCGCAACCGUGCAGUGGACAACGCUGCAGAGGCUCUUCUCAAAGCCAAGGGAGAGCUUGAGAAGCUUAAGGGAGUGAUCAACAGCGCAAAGGAAUCCAAGAUUGACACUGCCCGACCCCAGAUCCUUGCUGCUGAAGAGAACUUGCACAGUAUGAUUGUAGAUUUGGAUAAAGUGGCAACCAAGGUCCAGACUGCCCAGUCAGAGGCUAAGAUUGUGUCUCAGUACAGUGAUCUGGUGAACGAGGCAAAGGCCCAGUUUCAGAAAGAGCUGGAGAGUAUUGCACCUGAGAUCCAGGCCAACUGGAGAGGGCUCACAGGAAAGCUAAGUAUGGAUGACCUGAACUCUCUGAUUGCCCAUGCACACCGGCGCAUCGAUCAGCUGAACCGGGAGCUGGCUGAGCAGCGCGUGCGCGAGCAGAUCCACGUGGAAAAGGCACUAGAGCAGCAAAAGCUGGAGGAUCAGAAGGCCCUGGAACAAGCCUUGGCCACCGCGCUGGAACACAACCGUGAGGAGAUGAGACUAGAGCAGGAGAGAAAGGUUCAGGAAGUGCGUGACGUGAUGGAGGCAGAGAUGAGAACUCAGCUGCGCAGACAGGCAGCUGCGCACACAGACCAUCUGCGUGAUGUGCUCAAGGUGCAAGAGCAGGAGCUGCGUGAAGAAGCCCAACAAGUCUUGGGCAGUAAAUUGCUGGAGCAGGAAACACACUUCCGCAAACUGAGUCAGGAGCAGUUGGAUGCUUUCACCCUGGACAUGAACGCUGCCCACGCCAGACUCAAGGGCAUCGAGGAGGCCAUUGACAGCCACGUGGUUGCCGAGGAGGAGGCUCGUAAGGCCCACCAGCUGUGGCUUUCAGUUGAGGCUCUUAACUACUCGCUAAAUACGGCGGGUGCUGACGCUCCCACCGAGCCCCUAGAGGACGCUGUGCGUACCAUCAAAGAGAAGUGUGCCGAGAACGAGUUCGCUCAGGCUCUCACCCUGGCCCUUCCGGAAGAAUCCCUCACCCGGGGCGUCUUCAGCGAGGCCUCGUUGCGGGCGCGUUUCUAUGGCAUCCGCCAGCUGGCACGCCGCGUCGCCCUGAUUGACGAGACGCGCAACAGCCUCUAUCAGUACUUCCUGUCCUAUCUGCAGUCCGUCCUCCUUUUCGAGAGGGAGCAGGAAGCGCCGCCCGCCAAGCUGGCACCAGAAGACCUCGACACGUUCAAGUUGCUGGCCUACGCCACCUACAGCAUCGAGCACGGAGACCUGGAGCUGGCCGCCAAGUUUGUAAACCAGCUGCGGGGUGAGUCACGGCGCGUGGCCCAGGACUGGCUCAAAGAAGCCCGGCUAACCCUUGAAACCAAACAGGUGGUGAGCCUUCUGUCGGCAUACGCCAACGCAGUGGGCCUGGGCACCACCCAGGCCCCCUAGAAACAAGCCACUCAACACAGUUGUAAAUUUAAAAGGAGUGGCACUAAUCCACUGCUAACAGCAACCUCGAUCCUAUCUUCAAUAUUUAUAAAUAUGGCAUGGUGGCCAUUGGUUUUUUUGUUCGGUUGUUUAAAGCACUAUUAACAGAGGGCUAUGCCCUAAGGAAAAUCCCUCUGCCCCCAAUAAACCAGUAUUGAAUGUGGAAGUGUACCUCAUGUGGAAAAUGGAGCUAAGUAUAAAUGUUGAAAAGUGGGCACUCCUCUGUGUAUAUGAAGCACCUCUCACCCAAGAACACUGAGUGUGUGUGUGUUUAGCAUAGGUUUGGCUGUUAGGCCAGUUCCACGAUAUGGUAACUUCUGUCUGACUUAUAUCUGCGUUCACGUUUCAAAACUCAAAUGUUCGCUAUUGCCUCAGUUGCAAAGUUAAUGUCAUUGGCUAUUCAUGGACUAGAAUUUUUGAAGGAUCAGAUCAUCCAUUUUUGUCAUGCUAUAAUUCUCCUUGUCAAUACUGGAUAUCAAUAAAUCAUGAAU